GCGAGAGUACAAGUUUGGCAACAGCUUCUCGAAAAAAUAUGAAAAGAAAGUCUGAGGAGAAGCGAAAAAUGGGUCGCAGGGGCGAUUGGAUCUUCCUUAAGGAGGCGGGUUUGAAGUUACCUAAAGUCCUUAAGGAUAUGCUGGUAAAGUUAAUGAAAAAAGUAGAUUGGAAUAGGGAAAAGUGUGCAAAAAUGCAGAUAGUUGGAAUCAUCCAUGCAGGGUUGAUGAUAAUGACGGUCCAUCUCGACAAUCCACAAGGCUAUGUAUGUAGAAUUCGACGUGGUGAAACAGUGAUUAAAGAAACAUUAAAGGUGAUACAAGCAAGUGAGCAGACUAUUGAAUCGUUCAAAACUGCCGGGCGCCGAAAGAGACCUCGAGACAUAAAUCAGCGCGAGUUAUCUGGUUGCAUUUCAACACCGAAAAAGGCAAAGAAUGAAAAAGCUUGUGCCGAAGUGAAUGAUGAACGACCAGAUCCAGAAUCACCUUGCCCUGGAUCACCGA